AUGGCGGGAAAGGCGUUGAAACGUAAGCUCAGUUCGAAGAGUAAUGGGCCACAGAAGAGUGGUCUGAAAAAAGCCAAGAAAACCGUCGCUUUGGAUAAUCUGGCCUGGAAGUCGGUGGAUGUGGCUGACGGUGGGUUGGACGAUUUCGAGGGUUUUUACGGCCUGGAGGAGGUCGAUGGUGUCAGUGUCGAGGUCGAGAACGGGACAUUGAAAUUCAAGGCUGCUGAGAGUAAAGAGGAUACUGAGAAUGAGGAGAAAGAGAAGGCUCCUACCAAUGGAUCCGCCAAGAACAAAGCAUCUGAGAAGGUAGCUCCGUACGUCUCGCCAUUUGCCGAGGAGGAGGAAGAUGACUAUGAGGAUUCAGACUCUGAAGAAAAUCAAGGAGAAGAGGAAGAGGAAGAAGGCGAAAGUGAGAUAGAUGAAUCAAAAGAGUCAAAAAAUAAAACGGCAAAAGGAGCUGAGAACAAGAAGAAGUCGUCAGGUCUAGUAUCUCUAAAGACUCCAGGAAAUCCAUUUGAUUUACUGGAAGAGACAGAAUCAGAAGUUUCAGCUGAGUUGGACUGGUCACUGCCAGACACGACGCUGUCGUCGUCUAUUCUAACUGCCCUGUCAGCACUCAAAUUUUAUAAGCCCACAGAUAUCCAGGCACAGGUCAUUCCCGAGAUUCUCACUGAUUCAGAUGUUAUUGGAAAGGCUGCCACUGGUUCAGGUAAGACCCUGGCUUAUGGAAUCCCUAUUAUAGAAAAGCAUAUUCGACUCAGUGAAAGCAUUAAACCCGCCAAAAAAUGGCCCACGGCACUUAUUUUUGGCCCUACUAGAGAAUUAGUGCAUCAAAUCACAAAGCAUCUUGAACAGGUGUGGAAGUACGGAAACUUCACUGGUUCUGGAGUUGUGGCUAUUACCGGUGGUCUGGCUAUCCAAAAACAACGCAGAUUGAUUGACAAUAAUCCUGCUAUUAUUGUGGCUACGCCGGGUCGUUUUCUGGAAAUCCUCACUGAGGCCACUAGUGAGUUCAGAGACCAGUUUAAGAAAUGCGAGACUCUUGUUCUUGAUGAAGCAGAUCGUUUAAUUCAAGAAGGCCAUUUCCAAGAACUAGAGAAGAUUCUCGACUUGAUUGGCCGUGGUAGAAGAACCAGGCGUCAGACUUUAGUGUUCUCAGCUACUUUCCAAAGAGAUCUAAUGAAGAAACUUGAUAGCAAACGAACCUCGUCAAACGCCGGUCGUCAAGCUUCUAAUGCUGGAGCAUUGAAAAUUCUGAAUGAAAAGCUCGAGUUCAAGGAUAAGAAUCCUGUUUUUAUCGACUCUAACCCCGCCGAGUCAGUUGCCCGCAGCGUUGUCGAGUCUAUUAUGGAAUGUGGUGCUAUGGAGAAAGAUCUUUAUUUGUACUACUUUCUCCUCACAUAUCCAGCUAGAAGCAUUGUUUUUGUCAACAGUAUCGACACAGUCAAGCGUCUUGUGCCAUUCCUCAAAGAACUUGGUCUACCAAGUCUCGGACUCCACUCAGAUAUGAUCCAGAAGCAACGUCUAAGAUCUUUGGAAAGAUUCAAAGCUAACGAUAAGAGUAUUCUGGUGGCCACAGAUGUUGCCGCUAGAGGUCUUGAUAUCCCACUUAUUGACCACGUUGUACACUACCACUUGCCUCGUACCGCUGAUAUGUAUAUUCAUCGAUCAGGAAGAACUGCCCGUGCUGGCAAUGAGGGUGUCUCCUUACUUCUCUGCUCACCAGAUGAAGCUUCUGGACCAUUAAUCAAGCUCAAGCGUGCUUUAUACAAAGAUAACGCCACGAACAAGACUGCCAUGAAAACAUUUGAAGUCGAAUACGAUUUCCUCAACCGACUCAAACCACGAAUUACUCUCGCCAAACAAAUCUCCGACACAGUCAACCAGUCAACCCACAAAGGUAAAACCGAUGCCUGGCUCAAGAAAGCUGUUGAAGAUCUCGGAGUCGACCUUUCCGACGACGAAAUUGAGAACAUCACUGGCGACAGACGCAAGAAGAAUAAACCUGAACAGCCCAAAGGUGAUCUGAGGUCGCUACGUGCUCAGUUACAAUCAGAACUUCAACGUCCUGUUGGACACGCUGGUAAAUACCUCACUCGUGGCACAGUCAACCUCGCCCAAAUGGUCACCUCUGGCAAGUCUCACCAGGCUUUCCUCGGCAAAGAGCAAACUAGCGCUCUCGAGAGUCUCAACACGAAGCCUAAAUCCAAGAAAUAA